CGAAACUGCUGGUGCCAUGAUUCUAAACAAGGAAGUAUCGAAAAGUGCCGUACAUUUAUUACUUAUGUUAAAAGUUUAAAUUGGGAAGGGACGCAGGACUCCAGAAGCGAAGCCAGGCAUGAGAUGCUUGAAUACACGCCGACUUAAUGAGCGAAAAAGUGGUGAAUUGACGUCUUGCUCCAACAGCUACCGAAAGGACAACGUGAAAUACAAACUAUAUAAAAUGGCUACAAUUGUGGUUCUUGGAGGAUGCGGGGGCAUGGCUAGAUAUGCAGUAAGAUUCUUUCUACUGGAGAAAUACAGACCCCUAAUCUCUAAACUUAUCAUAGCUGAUUUGAAUAUAAAAGGCGCGCAAGAAUUCACAAGAAGUCUCCAGGACGACCGCGUUGAGACCGUCAGGAUGGAUGUUUGUGAUAACAAGGCCUUGGUAGCGCUCUUGGAGACCUGUGAGAUAGUUGCUAAUUUUGUAGGACCAUUCUAUAAGUUCGCAUCUCUGGUGAUGUCGGCUGCCAUUGAGGCAAACUGUCACUAUCUUGAUAUAAUGGAUGAUACACAGCCGACAUUGGAUACCCUUGAAUUUGAUGCAAAAAUGAAGGCGAUUGACAAGAUAGGCAUUGUGGGUAUAGGCGCCUCGCCCGGCCUCACAAAUGUCCUUGUUCGUCAUGCUAUGAAUUUACUGGAUCGUGAUUCUUCCACCGAUGUUGUCAUAAGUUGGGGAGAUUGCUUUAACGCGGAAAGAGAUGGAAGACUUCCUCCCAAGCCUCCGCAAAGUUGGAUGUCAUGGCUUACAGAGGGCGUAUACGUGACAUACGCACUCUUGAAAACGUUCUAUCAACGUAUGACAGGUCGUGUCCCAAUGGCGGUUUCGUCUCACUUUGUCGAGAUGGUAAGAUCGAAUGUCAAAACGUGGCUCGACGGAAAGCUUAGUGAAAAACCGGCCUUGACACCAGUUAGGGGUCUCUUCUUCCCGAACCUUGCCCACACUUGGAACGCCUACUAUGUCAAUCAUCCGGAAAAUGUCACUUUGGGGCACGCCUUCCCCAAUCUCCGAUCGGCAUGCAAUCUGUUGAAUUUAGAUUCGUCUGACUUAAAUGACCUCAAAAGUAAUAUCGUAAAACCGUUAGACGAAGGCAGUAUGUCUAUGGCGACAGCGGCACUGUUGUUAGAAAAUGUUGAAAAUGC